CAGAAAUGUGUACAGCUCCAGACACCCGGGACGCCAGGGUCCGGUUCGCCCUCGAGCAGCAGUUUUACAGCCCAGGGGACGCGGUGACAUGGAGCUGCCCUGCGCGGCACCGGCCCUCGCAGCCUGACAUCCGAUGCACUCGACGGGGGAGCCAGAGUGUCUGGAGUGGGAUAGCCGCCUGCAUUGUGAUCCCCCGGAUCAUCCCAGGGGCCCUGGAGGUUUCACCCACCACCAUCAAACUGCGCUGGACUUGUGAGCCCCCCGAAUCCUGCCAGGGCAGCUGGAAGAUACGGGCCCAAUGCCGGCUGGAUGGACCCCGGUUGGGCCCCUGCCGGAGACAAGGGCUCACCAGAGAGCAGCCGUUACAGGGACGGGACGGAACAGUAACGUGCAGCUCCCUGCACCCCUUCACCUCCUACAGAGUCACCAUCUCUGGGGGCUUCCCAGCGACCAGACCACCCAGCACUGUCCUUUAUACCCAGCGGGUCACCACGAGUGAAGCAGCCCCAGACCAACCCGAGAUCGAGCCGCUGGAUCCCAGCACCAAAACCCUCAGGUGGAAGCCGCUGCCGCCCUGCAAAGGGGCGAUCGUCGGGUACCAGCUGAACAUCACGGCCCGGAGAGAGUACGACAGCGAUUUCCUCGAGGUCGAGGAGCUGCGGGUGAAUCAGUCGGUCACCAAGUACCUGCUGCAGCCCUGGAGAUAUGGGACCAACUACACGGUGACAAUCCAGGGCCUCACAGCUGCCGGCCUUGGGCAGGCGUCGCGCUGGGACUUUGAUACCAACUUAUUUGACACGUGCAGGAGGCAGGGACCCUGGACCACGAAUGUGACCUUUCCCUCCGAGCAGAUGGUGUUUCAGGUGAAUGACACGGUGCUGGUGACGUGUGCCGCGGAUCCCGAAUCUGGCCCAUUCCCUGCAAACUGCACAGAGCUGAAGGACCGCGGGGCAGUCUGGGAUAUCAGUGGAGUCAAGUGUCUCAGGAUGUGCAAUGACUGGAUGAGGCACGUGGAUUUUGACCCUGCACAGACGGAGUUCGGCGUCGGCGCCAAGGGUCGGGUGACCUGUCAUCAGGAGUUCCAGCAGGACUCGUUCAGUGUGACGUGCAGAGAGAUGGAGUCGGGACGCUUCGAGUGGGAUUCGGGUGCACACACGUGUGUCAGAAAAUGUAAAAUACCCAGAACCUGGGACUCCAGAUUGCAGUUUGCCCCCAAGAGGCAGUUCUACGCCCCGGGUGAAUUGGUGACACUGAGCUGCCGAGAGGGAUAUCGGCCAUCACCACCUAUGAUAGUAUGUGCCAGAAAUGGGAGCCAGCCUGUCUGGAGUGACACACCCACCUGCCAGCAGGGAGAGGCCCAGACGCCCCAGCCCGGGGGCCUGGCGGUAGCCGUGGCAGUGCCGGUGGUGCUGGUGCUGCUGGGCGCAGGGGCCCUGCUGCGGUGGUUCGUGCUCGCCAGGAAACACCAGGCUGAAGCGAGCCGCCCUGCCAAGGACGCCGGGGAGGCACUGUACACAGAGCUCCAGCCCUGGGACACCCCAGAUAUUUACUGCACGAUCCAGACGCCAGAACACGGAGCUGCAGGUAGGAACGGCACAGCCUCUGGCUGGCAUGCGGCACCCAGGGCCCCGCUGUGACAGUAUUAAUAUCAACUGGGACCGUAUAGAUCCUUGUUG